GUAUGUCAGGCUGUAAGCAGGAGCAAAGAUUGUGACAGUUGUGCUGCCUUGCAAACAUGGUCCUGGCACAUUGCCUCAAUUCAAUGGCCUGAGUUGUAGCACAGUGAUCCAGUUACAUAGAGUGCAUGUAUUCAAUAGAAGGAGCUUUGAAAGUUUGCCUACUUCAACUGACGAGGUUUGCAUCGUAUACAUAUCUUCGUUUGUGAUAUAUGAAAUCGCGAUAUGUUAGUCAUCUACCAGGAAGUAGACAGAUUUUUAUGGUUCAAGAAUAUUAUUCUCUGUUUGGCGAAAUUUAGGAGACCAUACAUUUUUAUUAUGAGUCGGUGAAAGAUAUAGUGGAAUAUGAUAUUCUCCUUUCUAACCUAUCGACCACCUACACCUAGGUAUGUGUUUAAGUACUGGCUUGGUUUUUUAUGUGGAACAAUACUGAGACAUAAAAACUUUGCAGGAGAGCUUGUAUGUCGUAUGCUUUAUAUUCUGUGACGACAGCUCCAUGUCGACUCUAACGAAGGCGGGCGCGGAGCAGCUACCAGGAAGUCCUUCCACAACAAACGAAGGCGGCCACCGAGAAGCUGUGUUUAAGACGCCAUUCCAACCAUCCGUUUUCGGGAAGUACAACGCCGGUGGCUGUGACUGCCCAGACCUUGAGUCAUCUGGAGGAGAUGGCGAGGUUCCUACCCUGGGCCUCCAGGAAUCAUGACAAGCUCCAAAACAGAGAUGCAGAUCUUGGCAGAUACAAGUAUCUCUGCGAAACCUACACGUGGACAGGUGUGUGUGAUGGUGAGAGCUGUCCACAUUACCAUAAUCCUGAUCGUCUGCCAUACCUGUGGCUGAUUGAAGGGGACGAUGGAAAAUGGCGCAAAAGCCAAGCCAGUGUUGUACUCGAGAAACAAUUUUGUGAACUUGGAGAUUUUAUAUCGAAGUUUCCUGAUGACUUCAGUGACUUCUAUGUAAUGUUAACCAAAGUGGAAAGUAUAGGAAUAAAUCCUUCAACUAUCCUCAGACGACUGUCAACGCCAUCAUAUGUAGAUGCAGCGCCAGGAACUCCUCUCAGCUUCUACACUCAGUGGGUGUGGUACCGGCAAGAACGUGGUGGCACAUACACCCCCUUCUACCCGGGAACCCUGCAGUACACUCUGGAGGACAAGUACCUCAGUGGACAGGACAAGUACUACUUUGAGUUUGAACAGUUGCGCCUGAUGGUGGACAUGGUGAGCCUGGAACAAACAAAUCUGGACACGAAGCGAUCCUCAAAACUCAUUCGACGACCAGUCUUUGUACCCAGUGACAAAUCGGAGAUUCCAGAGAUGUUCCCCCUGCUACUUCAUGAUCUUCCUGAGCACCUGCUUACAGUGCCAGACCACUGGUCUGCCGUGGAUCACUUCCAGGACUUUGAGCUCGUUGAGCUGUCAAAAACCUCGGCGGAGUACAUCGCCGUCCAGCAACAGUUUCUCUCGACGAUGGACGAAAGAAAGCACCAGACCGUACACAUAUUCCGUGUACAAAACCCAGGGCUGUGGGAUAAAUACUGCAGUGCAAGACGCGCCAUGGCCGCUCGAGAUCAAAAGUCAGAACAUGUGGCCGAGCGUCCUUUGUUUCACGGAACCCCGACACUUGAGGCGGCCAUGGGCAUCUGCGCCAACAGCUUCGACUUCCGCAGGUCUGGAGAAAAUGUGGGUACUACCUGGGGAAAGGGAGCUUACUUCUCCACCACAGCCAAGUACAGUCACAGCUACACAGGUAUAGACACCACAGUCACAGGCGACUCCCUGCGGUUCAUGUUUCUGGGAAGGAUCCUGGUGGGGCAGUAUACUCUGGGUGAUCCGUCUUACACUAAGCCACCAGUGCGUGACCGGCGGAGGUUGUACGAUUCGUGCGUGAAACGAUGUUCCAAGCCAUCCAUUUUUUCGUCAUCUUUGACCUGGCACAGAGCUACCCGGAGUAUCUGA